UUGAUUUGUAUGGACUUGAACUGAUCCGUUUAUAUUUCCUGCUCUUCCGACAAUUCCUUGAGAAAUGUGUUUUCUACGUUUUCUGGCCCAAGCCCGUGGCACCUUAGGACGCCAUCUGGCAGAAGCGUCACCUACUGCCUGGGCAGCGGCUCCUGUUGACUCCGGCCGGAAAUUGCAUCUGGUAAUAGGAAAUGAGUCGUGUGACCUGGAUUCAGCCGUAUCAGCCGUCACUUUGGCCUUUGUCUACGCUCAGCGAUAUCAAGAGCACGACUAUGUCCCUAUCCUGAACAUUCCUCGUCAGGAUUAUCCCCUUAAAACCGAGGUGGGACACUUGUUUGUCAAGUGUGGAAUAGCGGAACCCGUAUUGCUCUUUCGGGAUGAUAUACCGAGAGAAGUGGCUCAGGGUGUAAAAGUUAUCCUUGUGGAUCACCAUGUCAGUCAACUGGCACCGAACGUUACGGAGAUUUUGGAUCACAGGCCAUUGGAGGAUAGUAGUCCUUCUUUCAAGCAGCUGCCAGCCGAUUGCACGCGAGACAUUGAUGCGGCUGUAGGCUCCUGCGCUACUCUGGUGGCCCAGCGAUAUUUGGCCGAGGAACAACCCAAAUCCGCUGGCGUGGCUCAGCUGUUGCACGCAACUAUCGUGCUGGACACCAUUAAUUUUUCCACGGCAGCCAAACGCUUUGGAACAAAGGAUGUGAACAUGGUGGAACAGCUAGAAAGGGAGUUAAACCUCAAGGAAAAUCAAAGAAGCAACCUUUUCGAUGAGCUAGUUGCUGCAAGGGCGGAUAUCAGUAAACUUACUCUAACCGAAGUGCUGCGUAAGGAUAUGAAGAUUUUACAAACUGAUCGCCAGAUUGUUCCCCUAGCUGGAAUGCCUAUUCUUGUUAGGGAUUUUGUGAAGAGAAAUGGUGCCGAAAAAGCAGUACGCGAGUUCGGUGUGGAUAGUAACCUACUGGUUAUUUUGGGAAUGUAUGUCUCACCUGUCGACGGUCAAGUGCAGCGUGACUUGGCCUUGAUCUCUCUCUCUGGCCAGAGCCAAAUUGUGGAGUGCAUCCGACAUGCACUGAUGGAGUCUAACGAUCCGAAACUCGAUCUGCGACCUCAUGUGGAAGAUACCCGCUUUUUGGGCGGCUGCUUCCUGCGCCAGCAUAAUGUCCAGGCUACCAGAAAGCACAUUCUACCCAUCGUAAAGCGAGCCCUGCUUGUAUGGGAGACGGAUCAUGGAUGCGAUUGUGACGAUGUGUACUUCUUUAAGGAGAAACCGCAAUUGGGACUUUCUUGAAGCGAGAUCAUACCAAAAAGCCAGACUUAGCUAAAAUUUUUGUGACACUGCUGUUACCAACCUAAUGCUAUACCAAAAAGAAAUAGAAAAUGUACUAUUUAAGAUAACAUUGCCAAUGUUCUUGAACGAAGUUCGGGAGCUUGUGAUUUAUGGGGUCACUUUCACAACACAAAGUGAAAUAUUGAAGAAAUUAGUAUUCCAAAAGUGCGUUGGUUAUAUGAAGGUGAAAUUAGUUUCCAAGGAAAUAUUCCAAAUAAUAAGUUUCCCUCUAGUUUCCUAGGUGUUUAUGUGUAUUAAGCGAAUAUGUACAGGUCAUACAUGGGUAAAAAAAGGAUAUGAUUAAUAAAAAAAAAUAAAGAAACUACAGUUGCGGUUCGGCAUCUGCCGCUCCUUCA